GUUUGCAACACGUCGGACCUUUCGGUCUCCGCUUGGGCCUUCCUUCUCACACAUAAAGACUGGCUGGCGUUUCGCCCGGCCGCCCGCCGUCCAAUGUCGCUUGCAUAACCCCCCAUAGAUCCACCAUCCUCGCAGAAUACGAUCGUCAAUAAUGACCAACUCCGACGAGAAACAGCCGGCCCAGGACGUGUCCCAAAUGGAGCCCGCAGAACUCGACGUCGGGCCAUCCCCGGCCAAUGUUGCCAGCAUGACGGCAACCGCCGCCCACGACAAGAAAGGCACAAGCAGCAGCUGGUUCUCGGGCUGGUUCGGCCCAAGUUUACCUGAGUACCCAGGGCCAUACCCGGUCGGCAUGCUGGAUGUAGAGACGCCCGGUGUCGCGGAGAAGGGAACGAAGGGCGUCUUAGUGAGGUUCUACUACCCGACGACAAACUCCGCUGGGGAAUCACAUUGCCGUGCAAAGUGGCUGCCCAAAGCCACAUUCUACUCCAUCGGAUACGGCAACUUCAGCAAACUGCCUACCUUUCUCGCGCUGGGCCUCGUGUAUCCGGCGCUGGCGAAUAUCAAAACGUGGGGAUGGUUGGACGCCCCGCUUCGGCCUGCGGGCGGAGAAGCUUCUUCUGAUCAACCGCCGUUGCCAGCGCGCAUGCCUCCAGUGAUCUUCUGUCACGGCUUGGGUGGGAUGCGGACAACCUACAGCACGUUCUGCGGAGGCCUCGCAUCCGAGGGUUUCAUCGUGGCCGCCAUCGAGCACCGAGACGGCUCAGCAACCGUCGCCGCAAAGAACAACUACAAAGAAAAGAUCAUCUACCGCCCACCCAACACCAACGACAAGCUCCCCACCGAAUCCGUUCCCGAAUUCUGGUCCCGCUUCCGCGGCGGACAAAUGGACCUAAAGGACGGCGAAGUCAAAGAAGUGAUCCAGCUCUUCCGCGACCUGGACGCUGGAACGCCCGUCGAGAACCUCAUGGCGACGUCCGCAUGGGCCGAUUUCACCAAAGCCGUCGCCGGCCGGUUCGAUUUCGAUAACUGGGUCAUGGCCGGCCACUCCUUUGGCGCCGCCACGGCCCUUAUGGCGAUGCAGGACCCGUCUAACCCGUUCAAAUGCGGGAUCGCUAUCGACCCUUUCAUGUACGCUGUGAAAGAUACCCCAGUCACCAAACCCUUCAUCUCGAUCCAAUCUCAAAACUUCCACUGGAGAGAUAACCUUGACCCUAUCCGAAAGAUGUUCCGCAGCCCGCAAUGCUCGCCCAACUCGCGGUUCGGGCUGCUGAGAAACACUGCUCACCAGGACAUCUCGGAUUUCCCAGCCCUGUUCAGCGGCUUGUUCCGCAUGAUGAAGCUGGGCGGCGCGGCUGACCCGCGCGAGUCGUUGAGGCUGUACCAUGCGUGGCAUAUGCAGUUCCUCAAGGAGAAUCUGACGAAUGUGGGGAUCAAGUUUGGGGACUAUCCUGGGUUUGAGAAGGGGGAUAAUGUGCAGCGGCCGGAGGCGGUUGCGGAGGGUGAAGGGACCUGGGAUAUCCUCUACAGGGAUAUCAAGAGUACUUGGUAGAAUUGUCGUAUGUAGAUGGAGUCUAGGACGUUCUGUUGCUUUUUACAUAGCUCCUUUUUUGGAUUGUUCGGAGAGACGCAUGUUAUUUCAAUAUUACAUAGAGGUUGCAGAGUGGCAAGGUG